AUGACGGCGUAUAUCGAGACUCGUUCUAAGAAUGUCUUCGGAGCUGGGGAAAUCUGCGCGUGGGAUGAAAUCAAUACCGAGGCGGGCGAGGAUAUCGUCGGUAAGUGCGUCGGUCAAAGUUUCCCAGACGAUGGCCGAUGCGGGACAACUUUUCAUAUCGAUCCUUCAACUGGCGACAAAGUGGCUUCAUGGUGUUUGAUGAUUAGAGAGGUGUGA